CAUCGAACGCGUCGCGACGACAGCCGACGGCCGCCGCAUCGAGGACCACGACACGUAGGCAACCGGUCGGUAAUAUUUUGAGAAUUUUCCGCGAUUUUUGAAUCCGACUCGCCCGCAAUUUACGAUGUGCAACCGUGCGAGACCCGGCAGCGGUUCGUCUCGGUUUACGCGCUGAGCAAACAUCGUGGCGAACAGCUGAUUUACCGGGCUUAAAAAUUCGCCGAUGGAAAACUGGAACGAUGGCAGGCGGGGCGAGUUUCUUUAAGGGUUGUUCCUGUGCCGAUGUCUGCGAAGGAGGACGAACCUAUAAGACUUAAGAUGCUGCUGAGAGACAUAUCCCAUUGAGAAUUCUGGCUUCAAAAAUUUUGCGACGAACUCUGGGCGUUCCGAAGAAAUCCUCGACCAAUGUCCUUGCCACGGAAUCUCCAGACAGAAAAUCUAAAUCGCAAUCCAUCACAAUGAAAAGGUGGCUGGGAACGAAGUUGUUCACGCGUCUCCUGCUUUUGGUGUGCACGUUGAGCCUCCUGAGCAUUUUGCUUCUCAGUAAGUGCGGCCUUGGUGGACUGGAAACUUCAAGUCCGGAUGACGACGGGCCCGAGAUCCAGUCCUCGUUUUCUCCGGCUGGAAUACCGGGGAUCUCCAGAGAACCCGCGUCAAGGACACCCCAUCAUGAUUUAUCGGCCACCGGAAUCCCGUCGUCGGACAAUAGCUUUUCGAUCCAGCAAUUACUGCUACAACGGGAGGAGGAGAAUCGGCAGGAAGUUGAUAGAUUGACGGCGGAAAUAAAGGCCCUGAAAUUGCAGUUGCUGCAGUACACCAGCGGCAAUUUGCACAGGAACCACCAAGUCGCUCCGAAUCAGAUCACCUUCACCAACUCGUCACCAAACCCGUUAAUUACAAACGCAGAGUGUUCCAAUUACAUCAGAAAACAAAUCAUGCAAGCUGAAAUUUUCCACGGCACGCCUCUGAAUAACGAAUACGAACUCAUCCCCUUCAACCAUUUCACCUACAGUAGAGUUUACCCGCUAGACUUGGGUCUAGGCAAGCGAGUUGUGGAGAAACCUAUAGGCUACAAGAGGAAGGACAUUUUGGAAGUUCUGAUGAAGGGCCUGGAUGCGUUGAACAAGAAUAUCACGGAGAAACUGAGGCGGUACACGUUGGACGAUUUUUUGGAAGGGCUGUACCGGAUAGAGCCCACUACGGGCACACAAUUCGAGCUUUACUUUAAAACUCGGACGUCGAACAAGACUGCAAUUGACCAUCUGGGCCAAAACGGUUUCACAAAAAUUGUGAUCGUGAGACCGUUCGCCCCUCUCCAAACAAUCACUAGCGAAAGCCUGCCGGGGUCUAAGGAAAAGGAGUUGAUUCAUAUAAUACUGCCGCUCAGCGGACGCACUGCCACUUUCCAAAGUUUCAUGGACAAAUUCGUAAAAAUCGGUUUAAAGAAUGACAGGCGCGUCCACCUAACCGUGGUGUAUUUCGGCGAGGAAGGUCUGUCGGAGGCCAGAAGUAUUAUGUCCAGGGUUUUGAUGACGAAAAACUCGGGAGGAAACGCCAACAAUCUCAGGCUGUUGGCUCUGAACGAGACGUUUUCUAGGGGCAAGGGUCUGAGAGUAGGAGCGGAAAGAGCGUGGGACGGAAAUCCUCAGUCAGAGGCGACGAGAACGAAAACUAAAGCCGCGCAAAACCAGAGGGACGUGCUGCUGUUUAUGUGCGACGUGGAUAUAGUGUUUAGUGCCAGGUUUCUGGACAGGUGCAGGUGGAAUACGAAACCGGGAAGGAAGGUUUACUAUCCGGUGGUAUUUAGCCUCUACAAUCCGCACGUGGUUUAUACCUUGCAAGGCAGGGAGGUGCCUCCAGAAAACGAUCAGUUGGUCAUAUCGCGAGAUACGGGCUUCUGGAGGGACUUUGGUUACGGGAUGACGUGUCAGUAUAGAUCGGAUUUCUUGAAAGUCCGCGGUUUCGAUGAGGACAUCGUCGGGUGGGGUGGGGAAGACGUGAUGCUGUACCGGAAAUAUGUGAGGAGCGGGGUCAAGGUAAUAAGGGCCACCGAUCCCGGCAUAUUUCAUAUCUGGCACCCGAAGGUAUGUUCUGGUAGCCCAGGAGGUCAGAAACUAUCCGCCGACCAGUACCGAGCUUGCAUCCGAUCGAGAGCUCUCAACGAAGCGUCCCACGCCCAGUUGGGCUUCCUGGCGUUCAGGGACGACAUCGCCGCGAACAGUAGCCCAUCCAAGUAUCCAGUGCACCCCCUCAAACCGAUGAGAAAUGCUUCAAAGAGAAACCAAUAGACUUUCCAGGGUAAAAGGUCCUUUUAGAAAAAUUUAUUUUUAUCGAACGAGGCAUCAGAUAGUGGAAUUGUUUCCAGAGAUAUCUUGGAAAUUUAUCAGAUUGUCCACAUGAGGGAUUCGCUCACAAAGUUUCUUCCAAGACUCUUGUAACAAUUCGAUUAUCUUCGACUUAUUGGUAAAACCUUGCUGUGAUCGCUACGUUACGGAUGGAAUUAUGUCUAGUUUAUUGUAUAUAUGUGCAAAACUUAGGCUAGGUGUGUGAAAUGUAAAUAAUAGAUCACGAAUAAUAUCGCUGGAUGAGGUGUUUAUAUCUGGAAUGCUAUGUACAACGCAGGAUCGCCAUCAGUUAUAAAAAAAUUUGAUCCCUACAUAGAUCGGACUAUUGUAUUUUCUUUUACAGAUAAUUUAAUAUUAUAUUGGUAAACAUCAGGUCCCAACACCUAACAGAAAAGCUUGAACGGCUACUAUAUUUCUAGCUUGCCAGUACCUACAGGCUUAUUUAGCAACACCACUAACAGCGGGAAAUUUUUGCCACAUCUACUCAGUGAACUCAAUUUAUCGAACCGAAAUUAUUUCGCUUGUGUUAAAUUGGAACCAAUAAAUGCAGCCGAAACUGACCGACAAAAAAACGUUUAUAUUUUGGUGUAAUUCGGUGUGAUAACAUGAUUAUCAAUAUUUGGGUGCACCAUUUAGAAAUAUACUAAUAUGUUAAUUCUUCUUCUCCCGAUUUUGUUACAAAAAUUGAGUGAGAAUAUUUUUAAAAAAUUUCAGGAAAUAAAAAAUAUUUAAUAAAUGUUGUUAUUUAAGUAAUUAAGAAUGAAUUUGGAGUCGGUUUUGUAAUAAUAAAAAAUUCAUACUGCUAAAUCAAUCUGUAUGCUUUAUUUUAGAAGGUUUUUUAAAAUGUUUUUAAGAAAAUAUUUUUUAAUUGCCAAAUUAUAAAAAGUAAAUAAUUUCGGUAAUAACAUCUUCUCUAAGUCAUUUAUGAAAGAAACUUCCACAGGCUGUUGUAAUACUUUAUACUUCUGGAGUCCUCCUGCGUCGGUUUUUAUUGAGUCGAACUUGCUAACGUUUCGCUUUGGCUUCUUCAGAGCUGAAGCUGGCUCGCAUUUUACUUUGUACCUGCUAAUAUAUUGUUUGAAGGGAGCGGAGCAAAAUGAGGGGCAUAAACAUUAUCUCGGAUGACUGAUUCCCAUAUUAGAAGAAUUGAUUACAUGCCAAAAUUUUAGUUUUAUCGAAUAAAAUUUUAUAUCCGGUUUCGUGAUUGUGUUUGACAAGUGCUAAUAAGUUUAUUUCUCCUAGUCUUAAGGCUUUUUCAUAUUCCUGAGCCUAGUUGUUCUUUUUCGUCCGGUCUUUCCAAUGUAUUCUUUGCCACAUAUGCAGGAAAUGCUGUAAACUCCUGGCAUCUCAAAUGGAAUUUUGUCUUUCACGUAUCGAAGUUUUGGACAAGUGGUAAACCUGGUUUUGAUGUUAUAUUUCUUUAGAACUUUUGGAAUGUGGUCAGUAAUGUUGAAUGUAAGGAAGGAGAGGAGGUAUUGCUUUCGGCCUCAUUGCUAUUAGAAGGUUGUGGUGAAGUGUAUUUUGCGAUGGAAGGCUGUGGAAGAUGUGGAAAUUACAGAGAGAAGAGCAGGGGUAAGUUGUUUUAAUUCUGGGUUUAACAAUUUCGAUCCAUCAAAGACAAAAUUCCAUUUGAGAUGCCAGGAGUUUACAAUAUUCCAUGCAUAUAUGGCAAAGAAUACAUUGGAGAGACCGGACGAAAAAUGUCAACUUGUCUCAAAGAACAUGAAAGAGCCUUCAGACUUCGAGAAAUGAACUCAUCUGCAGCCAAAUACAAAAAUUCUUGCAUGUAAUCAAUUCUUUUACCAACGAAAGAUCCGAAAUUCUAGAGAAUCAGUCAUCCGAGACGAUGUUUAUAUCCCUCAUUUAGCUCCGACCCCGUCAAACAAUAUAUAAGCUGGUACAGAGUAAAAUGCGAGCCAGUUUUGCUUAAGCUUCGAAGAAGCCAACAGGAUGAUUGGCGAAACGUUAGCAAGUUCGACUUAACAAAUACCAACGCAGGAGGAAUCCAGACGUUUUGUAAAAAGUGUGUUCACAGUGACAAACAUUUUAUAAGAAAAUUUCCCUAGCCUUUUCCAAGAAAUAAGAAACAUCGGCAUAACGUGUGUAUUUUUUUAAAGAAGUUAAAUUAUUUUGUUUUGCAAAUAUUUAUAUAUAUUUUAUUAUCAUCUUUUUUUUGUAAAAUUUGUCUCACUUUUUUAUCACGCCAUUGUUAUUCCACAUUAGGUCAAGUUCACUGCAUCUACCUGCAGUCUUGUGUGUUCUUAACCAAAUCG